UGUUUUUCUAAGCAGACAGGAAGUUCAUACUCCGGAUCUGGUACCAACUGUUGUUGUCUACCAGCAACUUCCGGAUUGAAAAGUGAAAGUAGACUGUCAAAAGUAGGAACUAUGAACAAUCAAUCAAACUUAGAAAUGAAUGCACGGGAAUACAAGUGUAUUAGCUGCGGAAACAACAAUGACCAACUUUACCGUGACUUCAAUUCUGGGAUUAUCAAGAUCGAGCAUUGCAAACAUUGCCAGAAGGUUGUAGAUAAAUACAUUGAGUCCGAGCCAGUUAUCAUUUGUUUGGAUGCUUUACUACUGAAGCAGCAAGCCUUCCGACAUGUUUUAUACAAUAGACAAUCUCAGGGACAAUGGAAGUUAGUAGCCAUCUUAUUACUCUGUGAUGCUUUUACAAAACUGCUGCUGCAGCGACCAAACAGUGGAGAGUCUCGCCUUCGACCUGACUACAUGAUCUACUCAGCUUUGGAGUGGGGCCUUUAUCAAAAUUUUAGUCUAGCAUUAAUAGAGUUGUUAAGUACUGUUUCAAUAAUCAUUUUAUGCAUCAUGAUGGUUUCUUCGGAGAAAUGCAGGCCAGGAGAGUUGAUGCAUGGGAUACUGUUGUCCAACUUUGGUAAAAUCCUUGUGAUUCCUGCGGUACUGUGGGGGACCAACUACAGCCUCAUCUAUGUGUCCCUUAGUCGAGUGUUCGUGUGUGCUGCCAACAUCCAAGCCAUCAGAGUUCUCAGUCCAAGCUGCCACAUUUCCAUUUGCAUCACAUCUGUAAUAUUAGGACAUGUUGUUGCCACAGUGACAUCCAUCUGGAUACAAAACAUGUUUUCGCAAGGACAAGUGUGAGGAUUAUAACCAGACCACAAAGACUAGGUGGUCUGUUAGACCAAGACAAGGUGGCGGUCUUUAGGACCAAGACAAGGUGGCGGUCUGUUGGACCAAGGCAAGAUGGCGGCCUGUUGGACCAAGAAAAGAUGGCGGUCUGUUGGACCAAGGCAAGAUGGCGGUCUGUUGGACCAAGAAAAGAUGGCGGUCUGUUGGACCAAGGCAAGAUGGCGGUCUGUUGGACCAAGACAAGGUGGUGGUCUGUUAGACCAAGGCAAGGUGGCGGUCUGUUAGACCGAGACAAGGUGGCGGUCUGUUAGACCAAGACAAGAUGGUGGUCUGUUGGACCGAGACAAGGUGGCAGUCUGUUGGACCAAGACAAGGUGGCGGUCUGUUGGACCGAGACAAGGUGGUGGUCUGUUGGACCAAGACAAGGUGGUGGUCUGUUGGACCGAGACAAGGUGGCGGUCUGUGGGACCAAGACUAGAUGGCAGUCUGUUGGACCAGGGCAAGGUGGCGGUCUAUUGGACCAAGACAAGGUGGCGGUCUGUUUGACCAAGACAAGUUGGCGGUCUGUUUGACCAAGACAAGUUGGCAGUCUGUUUGACCAAGACAAGUUGGCGGUCUGUUUGACCAAGACAAGUUGGUGGUCUGUUUGGGCCAGAAUAAGAUGGUGCUCCUUUGGAUUGAGACAAGGAGGUGCUCUAUUGGACCAGGACAAGUUGGGACUCUUGGACAAAGAUAAGAUGGUGCUCCAUGGGAUCAAUUCAAGAUGGUGCUUUGUGGAACAGGGCCAGGUGGUGCUUUUACUAGACUUUUUUGCUUUGUAAAGCUCCCAUAAAAUGUGACUUGAUUUUUUUUUAGAUUGUGUGAUUAAGUUUCAGGUAAUAUGCAAUAUAAUAUCUAUUUAUAGAAACAUAAACAUCACAGGUUUUCUUUUCUUAUUCUGGUUUUUUUCUUUCUAUCUAGAAAAGUUUUCUUGCUAUAUGAUUUGUUUUCAAAGAUAAAUUCAAAAAUAAAAUAACUCAAGUACUAUUCUUUAUAAAACGCUUUAUUUGAGUUUUUUGUCAUGACACUGAUGACAGGUUGUGACACAGACAGAACAUGAAGCUGCUUUGGCCGUUGGGAAUCUAUUGCUUCAACUCAAAGUAACUACAGCUAACCAGUGUAACUUUGUACUAAACAUGUGUAUGUUUGUACUAAACGUGUGUAUGUUUGUACUACACAUGUGUAUGUUUGUACUAAACGUGUGUAUGUUUGUACUAAACGUGUGUAUGUUUGUACUAAACGUGUGUAUGUUUGUACUAAACAUGUGGAACUUUCUACUAAAUCUGAAAAUUGUCCACUGAAUCUGUAAAACUUUGUACUGAAUCUAUAAACUUCUGUACCUCAGUGUACUGAAACUGUAAAUCUCUGUUCUUUACAUGUAAAAAAUUGUACUGUACAUGUAAAACUUUGUACUGUACAUGUAAAACUUUGUACUUUAUAUGUAAAACUUUGUACUUUACAUAUAAAUCUUUGUACUGUACCUGUAAAUCUUUGUACUUUACAUGUAAAUUUUUGUGUUGUGGUACAAUGUACACUUUUAUGGUAGAGACUUUGAGUUGAAUCAAUACACCAACAUAGUUAUAACUCCCUGGUAAUACAGGAACAUAGAUGCUCAGUAAUGACAAUACACAGAAUACUUCUCAAAAUUGUACUUUUACAUAUAUCUAUCAUUUACUCCCACUCUCUGCCACUCUCUCUAUGAUGAUAAUGUACCAUACAAAUAUCACACAAAUCCAUGACUAAAGCUAACAGACAAUGAUGACAACAGUCUCCUCACCCAUGAAAAUAUGAUGUCAUUUAGUGAUAAACACCUCAAUUUAUUUAACAAAUAUUAAUGGAUUUUUUUAUCAAAGAGAUUGAAUUUGAGAAUUCAUGAGGUUCACGUCUAAACUAUCAAUACUGAUGAAUAUUUUAUUAAAGAAACCAUCCAAGAAUUCCUUGUCUCUGUGUGAAUUUAAAAUUCUGUAUGUGAGGAAUAUCUAAAUUUCACACAAGUUAUUUAAGUUUUCUAACAUAUGUUUUAACAG